AUGAACGCGACUAAUUCUAACAUCCGCGGGGACCAACGGUCUCAUAUUUCUCGCAAAUACACGGCAGGAUGGCGGCGUGUGAUCAGCAAUUUCAGUCCAUCAUGGUUCUCAACCACAAUGGGGACCGGAAUUGUUGGCAUUCUCUUCCACAUUAUUCCGUUUGAAUAUGCAGCGUUGGACUACAUGGCCGUUAUUUUCUUCGUCCUGAAUGCCAUCCUCUUCGCCACCGUCUUCUCCAUGUCCAUCCUGCGAUAUGCGCUCUACCCCGAGAUCUGGGGCGUAAUGAUCCAAGAUCCCGUCAAUUCACUUUUUCUCGCUACUUGUCCCAUGGGGCUCGCCACGUUGAUUGAGAUGUGGGUGUUUAUCUGCGUGCCAAGGUGGGGUGAUUGGGCGCGUACGACAGCCUGGGCACUGUGGAUUGUCGACGCGGUUGCUGCUGCGUCAGUGACGGUAUCGUUAUCUUUUGUCCUCAUAUCACAGAGCCAUGUCACCUCGCUGGAGCGCAUCACGGCCCUCCAAUUACUCCCGAUUGCUGCAACGAUUGUUGCUUCUGGAGCCGGUGCGGAAGUAGCUGAUAUUUUGCCAGACCUUACCCCCGCCAAGGGGACAAUGAUUGCAUCCUAUGUGCUCUGGGGAAUGGCGACACCCAUGGCAAUGAUGGUUUUGGUUAUUUACUAUCAGCGACUGGCCGUCCAUAAGCUCCCAUCGCGGGAGACAAUUGUGAGCUGCUUUCUGCCUCUUGGGCCGUUAGGAUUUGGUGGAUUCAGCAUUCUCUAUCUUGGGAAGGUUGCUCGGAAGCUACUUGGAGAGUCUAAUACUUUGGAUCCACUAGUCGGACAUAUAGCCUAUAUAUUCGGCAUCUUGAUAUCACUGCUCAUGUGGGCUUUUGGUCUCAUUUGGCUGGUGUUUGCGCUGGCUACUAUUUAUUAUAGCUCGCCGUUUCCUUUCAAUAUGGGCUGGUGGGGAUUUACUUUUCCGCUGGUGUAUCUGUGGGACGCUGCUGCUGUGGUAAUGCUGUGGCUGGUGGUUGCCAGCCGGACUGCACGUGGAGCAUGGCAGGGUAGUUUGUUUCACGCUCCUUGUCUGCAGAACCUUAAAUCCAAGGCAGAGGAUGAAGCUAUCACGGAUUGA